AUGCGAGAAAGUCCGCCUUGGAGAGGCCAUCCUAAUCCAACUACUAAAAAAGAUAACAAUGCUAUUUUCUUUGGAGCACCAGGCACGGGUAAAUCAGCUACUGUAAAAAAGAUUUGUAUCGAGGCCAAUGAAUGUCCUUUGAUAAUGGUUAAAGGUUCUUCCUUAACUCCAACUAAGCAAGAUUAUGAUGCUGAAGAAGAAGUUGAAGUAAAGGAUGAAAGCGGAAACCCGACAACUGAAACUGAUGAAAUUGAGAUUGAAAUUGGAGAAUUCUUACAAUUCUUUUGGCAAAAAAAAGAAAGCGGGCAGUUAAGUUCUUAUGAUGGAGAGUUUGAAUCUCCUCGUAUACCUAAAGAAGCUGAAGUAUUAAAUGAUAAUUUACCUAAUUUAGCUGAAAUGGCUAAUGUGCUAGCCAAAUCCUCUAAUGCCUUGACUACCUCUUUGGAAAAUUUAAAUCAAGAAGUGCAAGGGUUGAAGCAACAAAUCCAAAUAUCAAUGUCCAGCCAAAGUAGUGGUGCUCAAACUGAAAUUAUGCAAUUACAAAAUGCUGGUAAAGCUAUUGGAACAGCCGUUGGAGUAGCCUUAGCUCCUGCUACUGGAGGAACUAGCCUGCUAGUGUGUGGAGGGAUUGGCUUUUUGGCUGGUUCUGCUCUUGAUGCUGACAUUCAAAAAAAAGAAAAUGAAAAUAAGCAACUAAACCUAAAGGGUGAAAUAUCUAAGCAGAUAAGAGAAGAAAUAAACAACCUUCAAAAUGAAAGAAGUCAAGAAGCUAGUCAAUUAAAUAAUUUAGACCAACAAAUAGCCCAAAAGCAGAAUAAACUUAAUGACCCUAGCACUUCUGAGCAGGAAAAAGCACAAAUUAGAAGUGAAUUAGCCUCAUUAGUAUCACAAAGGAGUGACAUUCAAGGAAGAAUAAAAGGAUUAGAUGAAAAAAUAGAAAGUUUAAUAAAACAAGCAAAAGAGGAAUUAGAAGAUAUAAAACAAAUUACUAAUUCUCAGAAGCAACAAGAAAAAGUUAAUUCUGCCUUUGAAAAGCAUUCUAGAAAUUUUCUAAACGCUCAAGGACUUCUUAAUUCUUACAAUAUAAAUGGAGAAGUUAAUAUGAAUGACUUUUGA